CCCCGAAGGCAGGCAGAGCUUUGAGGACACCCUAGCAGGCACCGGCUCCCUGGACCCAGUGCACCUCGGUGGCCUUGUUAAUCCCCCCAGGGAGGAGGACCAGCCUGCAGCAUGAACCUGUUGCUCCUGGCUUGCCUGGUGGCCUGUGUCGUGGGGCCCUGGGCCCCUGCUAUCCAUGCCCAAGGUGUCUUUGAGGACUGCUGCCUGGCUUACCACGGCCGUGUCAGGUGGGCUGUGCUCCGGCACGCCUGGGGUUACCAGCGCCAGGAGGUGAGUGGAAGCUGCAACCUGCCUGCUGUGAUAUUCCACUUCCGCCAGAAAGACAGGAUGAGGAUGGUGUGUGGUGACCCAAAGAACAAAGAGGUGCAGAGGGCCAUGAGGUUUCUGGAUACACACAAGAAGACUCCCCGAAAGCUUCGCCACAGCAUCUGGAUGCCCUUCCAAGGCUUUCACGCUGGGAAGAAGUUGAGUUCUGGAACCUCCAAGCUACCAUUGUCCAAGUUGAGUAACCCCAUUGGCCAUGGGAAAAGGAACACCUCCCUUCCAGCAGCAGCGAAUCUAGGUCCCUGAGCUCACACAUCUCCAGGAUCCACAGUGCAAGAAAGGCUGGAUCUUUCUCCGCCACAACCAUCGCCCUGCAAGCCUGGGCUGCCACCUGCCCCUCUGUCCUUUAGCCCAACUCCUAAUCCCUGUGCCUGCUGCAGUCCCCUGUUUGCCACCCUCACCACCUCCUGCCCCUGGCAGCUGGCAGGAGGGAGUUGGCCUCAUUUUAAGCCCCUAGCUGUUGUAGAGACCAGAGUCAACCCUGGGCUGUGACUGUGGCAGAGACGUGUCCUGAAGAUACAUCUCCUGCCUGGAGCUUCUUGCCACCCACCCUGAGCCAUGCAUGCCUGUGUGCCCUUCUGGGUCCUUGCAAAGCCCUGGCUGGGUCCAAGGAUGCCCCUGCCAGACUGUUCCUUUUCUAUGACUUUUAAAUAAACCUCUGGGGCCCAUCA